UCCAGCAAGGCAAAUGCUCGUCCGCCAAAGAAAGGAAGUUUUCCGUUGGACCACUUUGGAGAGUGCAAGGAAGCGAUGAGUAGGUAUAUGGCCUGUAUGAAGAACAACGACCAUGCACAUGCUACAUGCAGAGAAGAGACCAAAGCGUAUCUUGAAUGUCGAAUGGCAAAUGGACUCAUGGAACAAGAAGACGUCUCGAAGUUCGGUUUG